UGAGCGAGUUGCGCGGCUCGUCUCGCUGCCGGGAUUCCGUUCGUGGCUGCUGCUGGUUCUCCUCGCCGCUUCGGCAUGGACCCGCCUCGGCUUCGCUUCCGACCGCCCUUCUUCUCGGGCUGCCUGCUCCUCCUGCCCCUGCUGCUCAACGGCCUGGUUGUUUUCCAGACCUACGCGGUAGAUUUGGAGGUGAAAGAUGACGCUAACAUGUCUUGUCUGUUUGCAAAAUGGAUGGUGAAAUUCUCGAUAAGCUACGAAGGAACCGAUGAAUCUAAAACAUCUACGUUUAUGCUCCCGGAAGACCUGAGCUACAUCGGAACCUCUUGUGGGAAUGCGACCUCGGGCCCCGUCCUUUCUAUUGAGUUUGGGGACGGGAAUUCUUGGUCCAUUAGCUUCACAAAGACCAAAGAGACUUAUCAAGGAGCCAUCACCUUUGUCUACAACACCGGAGACUUGAUGUUCUUUCCGGAUGCUAAAAGGAAAGAACGAAUAACCGUUAUGGCCAAUUUUCCUGCCAACCCAGUUCCGCUAAAUACGGCCUUUAGUUGUGACACUGAAGACACGGUGAAAAGCGGCGAUGUCACCCAGACGUUCCAGAGUGUGACGCUGCAAGCUUUCCUUCAAGACGGACGCUUGAGUAGCCAGAAGACUCUCUGUGAUAAUGACGCGACCGCGUCCACCGUUCCUGCGGCCAGCAAAUCCAUCCCCCUGGCCGCCACCACCGGUACCUCAGAGUCAAAUGCCACCGAAGCACCAUCUUCUCCCACCAUCCAACCGGAGGAGAAACCUGCCUCAGGAAGCUACACGGUCAAAUCUGGCCCAGUUACCUGCAUUUUGGCAAACAUGGGUUUGCAGCUGAACGUCACCCAACAGACUCCCAUGAUAAGCAACUUUAAUCCAAACAACACGGUGGCCUCUGGUAAUUGUGGCAAGACAACCGCUGUGCUUCGGUUGAGUGACGGAAACACUAAAGUUGAUUUCCUGUUUGCUGUGAAAAAUUCGACCUCUUCAGAAAAAUUCUAUCUGAAAGGAGUGGAUAUCACUGUGGCGGAUUCACCAAAUGCUACCAUUUCAGCCUCAAAUCACACCCUCAACAACUGGGAAACCACCAUGGGGAACUCAUACCUGUGCCGAAAAGAAGAAUCGAUCCUGGUGAGCCCUGGCUAUAAAAUAAACAUCUUUGAUUUAAAGAUCCAGCCAUUUGAAGUGGAAGAAGGGCAAUUUUCAGCAGCGGGAGAAUGUUUGCAGGAUGAUGACACUGUUCUAAUCCCAAUUGUAGUUGGAGCUGCCCUUGCGGGCUUGGUUGUCAUAAUAGUGACCACUUACUUAAUUGGCCGAAGGAAAACUUACGCUGGCUAUCAAACCCUGUAGGGCCUGGUGGUUUGACUGUUCUUCGAUCUUAAAAGCCCGUUUCCCACAUGGAAGCCAACUGUGUAAAACUUGUGAGAUUCUAUUUAAAAACGGGGAGCUCCUUCUCCCCUGAAACUCAACCAACAACUGAUCUCAUCUCAUUGUAAGAAGGACUUGCAAACUGCGUCGGAGAGCUUAGGAAUGGCCAAACUCAGACCUGAAAUGAAACUUUUAAAACUUGAAAUAGGGUUAAUGUAGAGCUGUACCAGUCAGUCAGUAAAUAAGUAAUUCUUGAAAAGAGGGUUAGUUUUAACCAGGGUCCAUUUAGGUUGUUAAAGCAAUAGGAGUGCAAAUCAAAGCAUUUGCUAAUUCUAUGUUGUGUACAAACGAUGGUUAACCUAGGUGCCAUAACAACUGUAACCUGGGAAUCUAGGCCUAUCUACAAAGUUGUUUUCUUUCAGCAUAUGACGUCAAACAAAUCCAUUGGGUUAACUACUUCAGCCUGAAUAAGCUUAAUGCAUUCUUUUUUCUUUCUCUCUCUCUCUCUCUUUAUCAAUUUGGUAGCAGUGACUAAUUCCGAAACUCCACUUGGCUCUUUGAGACUUAAAAUAACACAAUAGCAACAUUUUUAAAUAUUGGAGGAGUGGGUA